UUGAGAUAUUUUUUCGUCGGGAGCAUCUCUGACUCGGAUGACCCUCUAGUUUCUAUCAAUCCAACAAACUGGUCCUCGCCCAGAACCGCAAAGGAAACAGCAGGAGAUACUCAGUUGUACUCCCCAUUCACAAUUAUAGCUUCUCCAAACCCUAAAAUGUCGGGCUCACAACUCUUUCCUCUUUCCUCAAUUCUCUCCCUCUAAUCAACUAAUGAUAGACUCAAUAAACUAGAAACUCAAUUCUGAGAUGAUGAUAUUCUCGCAUUUCUUAUGAUGAUGCUGUUCUGGUAAUUGGUAAACCAAGCUCAAGUUUUUCAGUUUUGCACUUAUGGUUAAAGGUAUUUGGAUUGCUUUUUGGAGUAGAAAAUGUAAGAUGUUUGUUUUCUAGAUCUGGGAUUUUGUUUGUGUUUAUGGGUUUUAGGUAAGAAUUGAAAAAAAUGGGGUUUAUUUGCAGAUUGGAUCAGUUAUUAUGAUGAUUAGGACUAAAAGUUGGAUUUAAGUACCGGUUUGCAGUUAUGAAAUUUGUUUGAUUACUGCAAAUUAGCUUUGUUCUGGGAUUUUUGUGCAUUUGUAGGACUUCAAUCUCAUGUGGGUAAAUUCUUUGAAGUUAGGAAUUUGUGGAUGUACAUUAAAAUUGGAUGAUGUUGUUGUAUGAAUUUUGACUUAUGGUUGGUUUUGAUAGUGAAUCUUUCGGAGAUGUGGGAUAUAUAGAAGUAAUCUGUGUAUUAUAAGGUGUAUAAUUGUAUAAGGAAGAACUAUAACUAGAUAAUUACAGAAAUGUCUUUUAGAAGCAUCUUAAAUGACAUGAAAGGGUUUGAAGUGAAGUUAGGGCAUAGUUUUAGAUCUAGGUCUCAAAGAGUGGUGCAAGAUAAUUUGGUGGUGAUUGAUGCUUUAAAGCAGAGUUGCUGGGCUAACAUGCCUCCUGAGCUCUUGAGAGAGGUGCUUAUGAGAAUUGAGAAAUCUGAGGGGAUCUGGCCGCCUAGGAGGCACGUUGUCGCAUGUGCCGGUGUGUGCAGGAGUUGGAGAGAUAUAAUGAAGGAGAUUGUCAAAACACCUGAGGUUUCAGCCAAGUUGACCUUUCCCAUCUCUUUGAAGCAGCCUGGAUCAAGAGACACUCUUAUUCAGUGUUACAUAAAGAGACAUCGUGGCAGCCAGACAUAUUAUCUUUUCCUUGCCUUAAGCUCAGCUUCAUAUGACGAUGGCAAGUUCCUUCUUGCUGCAAGGAAGUGUAGACGCCCGACUUGCACAGACUACAUAAUUUCCUUGAAUCCUGAAUAUGUCUCCAAGGGGAGUAGCACCUAUAUUGGGAAACUGAGAUCCAACUUUUUGGGUACGAAGUUUACAAUAUAUGAUACACAACCUUCAAAUGCGGGAGCUAGUAUGACAAGAAGUCGCUCCACUAAACUAGUGGGAUCCAAACAAGUUUCCCCCAGGAUUCCUGCAGGCAACUAUCCUGUGGGUCACAUCUCAUAUGAGUUGAAUGUCUUGGGCUCUAGGGGUCCGAGGAGGAUGCAGUGUUCCAUGGAUACUAUACCCGCUUCUGCUAUUGAACCUGGAGGAUUGGCUCCUACCCAGACGGAAUUUGUAAUCAAUAGUGUGGAUUCUUUUCCUUCAAUAUCAUUUUUCAGGUCAAAGUCUAUUAGAGUGGACAAUAGCCGGUCCGAGAUUGUUCCCGCUCAAAAAGAGGGGAUUUUAGUUAUGCGAAACAAGGCCCCUCGGUGGCAUGAACAACUUCAGUGCUGGUGUUUGAACUUCAAUGGUCGUGUAACUGUUGCUUCUGUCAAGAACUUUCAACUGGUUGCUUCUCUAGAGGAUGGUUCUGAGCAUGAUAGUGUUAUUCUUCAAUUCGGAAAAGUUGGAAAGGAUGUAUUCACCAUGGAUUAUCAAUACCCAAUCUCUGCUUUCCAGGCGUUUGCCAUCUGUCUGAGCAGCUUUGACACCAAAAUUGCUUGUGAAUGAUAUGCACCUGAGGUAAUUUAACAUUUUGGUGAAGGGCGAAGCUAUUGGACUUGCACUUGGCUCAUGGUGGGGAAGAUUCUGAUUAUUUCAUGAGCAGCGACUUUGCUAUUGCAUGAUUAGCUAUGCAAUAGCUAGUUUAUUCAUUAUCGACUCUAAUUUUCGCAAUGUGUACAUAUAAUUGAAGUCAUUGCUGGUAGACAAGCUUUAGCAUGCUUGCCUGUGUAUGUUGGUUGUGCGCUUUUUCUUUCCUGUUUUUUUGGGGGUGAGAAUGUGUGCCAAAAUCCAUCCCCAGAGGGUUUAUCGCUUUAAUAGGCUUGUUCGUGUAAUUUUUCUGGUGUAAUUUUAGGAUAGCCAGAUUUGCUGUUUGGUUUCAGGAAUUUAUCGAUUUUUUUUUGUCA